GGAGACGGUCAUCGGGGUCAGCUGCGGCAUGGACGCCGGGGACACCGAAGCCGACUUAAAGAAAGCGUUCAUCACCGAGAUGCCCUCCUCCUCCGGACAGCCGGGCUCAGGCCCAGGGAAGAAGAUCGGCCACAGGGGAGUGGACGCCUCCGGAGAAACCACCUACAAGAAGACCACGUCCUCGGCGCUGAAGGGCGCCAUCCAGCUGGGGAUUGGCUACACGGUCGGCAAUCUGAGCUCCAAGCCCGAGAGGGACGUGCUCAUGCAGGACUUCUACGUGGUCGAAAGCAUCUUCUUCCCCAGCGAAGGCAGCAACCUCACUCCGGCCCAUCACUUCCCCGACUUCCGCUUCAAGACCUACGCUCCCGUCGCCUUCCGCUACUUCCGCGAGCUCUUCGGCAUCCGGCCCGACGACUACCUGUACUCCCUGUGUAACGAGCCCCUGAUCGAGCUGUCCAACCCUGGCGCCAGUGGGUCCCUCUUUUACGUCACCCGGGACGAUGAGUUCAUCAUCAAGACUGUCAUGCACAAGGAGGCUGAGUUCUUGCAGAAGCUGCUGCCAGGAUACUACAUGAACCUGAACCAGAACCCGCGCACCCUGCUGCCCAAGUUCUACGGGCUGUACUGCGUCCAGUCGGGGGGGAAGAACAUCCGCAUGGUGGUGAUGAACAACGUGCUCCCCCGCGUGGUGAGGAUGCACCUCAAGUACGACCUCAAGGGCUCCACCUACAAGCGGCGGGCCUCCAAGAAGGAGCGGGAGAAGUCCAGCCCCACCUUCAAGGACCUGGACUUCAUGCAGGACCUUCAGGACGGGCUGAUGCUGGACAUUGACACCUACAACGCCCUGGUGAAGACCCUGCAGAGGGACUGCCUGGUGCUGGAGAGUUUCAAGAUCAUGGACUACAGCCUGCUGCUGGGGGUGCACAACCUGGACCAGGCGGAGCGGGAACGCCAGACAGAGGGACCCGGGGGCUCCAGCGACGAGAAGAGGCCGGUGGCUCAGAAGGCGCUAUAUUCCACCGCCAUGGAGUCCAUCCAGGGCGGCGCCGCCUGCGGGGAGUCCAUCGACACGGACGACAUGAUGGGAGGUAUCCCAGCCGUAAAUGGGAAAGGGGAACGUCUUUUACUCUACAUUGGAAUCAUAGACAUCCUGCAGUCAUACAGGCUAAUCAAAAAAUUGGAGCACACCUGGAAAGCUCUAGUUCACGAUGGAGACACGGUAUCAGUCCACAGGCCCAGCUUCUAUGCUGACAGAUUCUUCAAAUUCAUGAGCACCACUGUCUUCAGAAAGAACUCCUCCUUGAAGUCUUCACCCUCCAAGAAGAUCCGCGGGCCCCUCACUGUGCCCAAGUACACUGGCCCGGGAGCCGCCUUCUCUGCCAGCCAGCUGCCCUCCGAGAGGGAUGAGAACAUCUACGACCUGCGAGGCGCCAGGAGCUUCCCCACUCUGGACGACGAGGGUCGGCCGGACCACCUGCCCUGCACUCCUCCCUCCUUCGAAGAAGCGACCACGGCGUCCAUAGCAACGACGCUCUCCUCGACUUCGCUGUCCAUCCCNGAGCGCUCCCCUUCGGACUCCUCCGAGCACCCACGCUACAGGAGACACACCCAGUCAUGUGGACACGCGGGCAGAUCCCACGAUGAGGACCUGCAGACAAUCACGGUGGAGGUGGAGCUGAAGAGACACGACAGCGAGCCCGCCGUCGUCCCCCGGCCCUCCCUGGAGAGGAGUUAUAUCCCAGAAGCCUCGUCCUCUGUGCCGCCCAGUCCGAAGGUGGUGGUGGAGCCCGAUGCUUCGAGCCAGCUGUCUGAGUCCACCAGCCACGCUUCUGUAGAAGAUGAAGAGGACGUGCCAAUCACCGACAUCUACUUUUUCUCGGACGGCGGGUGCUGGGUGUACUCCCCCGUGCUGCGCCGUGCCAGGCGCCAGGCGGGCAGCGCCUCUAGCCCUCCCGAGGACAGGAGCUGGGUGUACUCCCCUCUGCACUAUGGGACCCCGCCCCCCUCCGUGUCAGACGGGGAGAGCGAAACCUAAACUCUAUGCAAGCCGGAACAAGAAGAGAGGAGAGGAGUGGAGAGCAUUGGGGCUAUAUUGAUUUUUUUGGGGUUCCCCUCUGAUGGAGUAUGUGGCAUCGGAGAGUUCCCUGCCCAGCAGGAUGAGGAUGAGUGUCCAGACCCACAAACUGGGGCGACCCCAGGCAGAAGGGCCUCCUUCUCAUCGGCAGGUCCCCCCUUCGCCCUGUCGUCAGCCUCCAUCCACUCUCCCCCACGCAACGCAGAAACCCUCCAACGGAGAAAGGCACCCCACAGACUGAAGACGCGUGAGCCCCAGUUUGGGCCGAAGGAGAGGGAUGGCGGUGGAAAGGAACUUCGUGGGAAAAGAGCGAACUAAAGUUCUAACGUUUCAGUCUUUACGCGUGGAUCGUUUUGUCUUUUUAUGUUUUUAUUGCACUUUUUAAAACCCUUUUAAAUACUGUGAAACUGGUUUUGUUCACUUUUGCUUAGCGUUCCGUAGAGAGAGAGAAGAAAAAAAAUCACAGCGUAGGGCACGCUACAGGUAGUUGCUGCCGUUUUGUUCCUUUUAUGGUCUGUUCCUCCGUUUGGUCCAAACGGUCAUUUGUUCUUUUCUUUUGGUGUCGUAGCCGUUUCUUUGCUAAAAAGAAAAAGAGGAACCCCCUGAGGCCAAGGCCUGUGAUCUGCUCGUUCCCUGGUGCUGCUCGCGCUGCUCAGCUGGGGGGUUCAGCUACAGUCUCCCCUUGUCUUCUGUCAGGGCCCCAGAUUUACUUUCGGCUUCCCCUUUAACCUCCCCUGCUGAUGCGAUGACACCCGUUCAGCAGGGGACGAGGCAAGAAAUAUCUCUGACCAGCCGUCUGAUCAGAGCCACUCCAGCACAGGCGUAGCAUGGAGGUGACAUGGAGCUUCACAUGGGGGAAAUCUAGUGUUCGUUAUUUCUAACGGGAUUCUUUACAGCUUUUCUUAGAAUAAUAUUUUAACUUAUUUGGGUUUUCAAUCAGGACAGAUUUUGUUGAUAACUUGGCCCAGUCCUUGGCUAUACCGUGUUAGUUUGUGAACAUUCUUUGCUUUCGAUGUCUUUGUUUGCUUGACCAUGCUUACUGCUCCAUUGCUCGCUGGAGUUCGCUACGUUUCGGCGAUCCUGCCGCCCGCGGUCGGGACAGAAACCGUCCCGUCUGCGGUGACGCAGUGGGUGUAGCAAGGGGCGCCGGUCAGGGGUUCUUAAGGUCAAGCUGUAGCUCUGCAGGAGGCUUGAUGGGAGGUGUCUGUGCUCGCUCACAGCUGACCCGGGGCCCGGAGAUAAUGAAGACGGGCUGCAGACACUGUGAUUGACUGGGACAUGCAGGGCACUCAUUGACGUGGGCGAUGCACUUGACCACUAAGUAAGAACGGAACAUGUGGUCACCUUGGUCUGCUUCUGUAGCAGGACAAUGCAAGAGCAAACCGGGUACUUAAUAUUCCACUGAAACUGCAUUAUCCAUCUAAAGAGCUGAAGGAAUAGGAGGGAGAAGUCCAGCAAAACUUGUCUGACCUUUGAAGGAAUGUUAUUAACGCAAUAAAACUAGAUAAAAAUAGAUCCCCCGAUAGAUGUUCUGUGUAGUAUCCAUCAUUGGAGGAUGGCUUGCUGCUCAAUGGGUGAUUAUUUCAGGGGUGUAACUGUUAGUUCUAGAUUCCUGCAGCCAUGCAGGCAACCCUCUUUGUGGCUUCAGGGGUCCUUAUAGUGUGUCCUGCUUUGUAUCCACAACUGGGCAGCCUGCCUGCGUAUUUCUAUCAAGCAAACUUGGCUUCUUCUGCUUAGGAGGUGUGGCCCCCUUCUCCGUUUUCUCCUCGGCCUCUGUAUGAAAGCACGGCUCGAAGCUCGCGUGUCGUAUUUUCCGUGUGCUCUGUCCUUUUCCAGUCACCUCGACGUCCGUCUUAGAUCGCCCGUGUCGGCACGUGGGAAAAUAUCAUAGCAGGGCACACUACUGGGCCAUACCAGUCUGUGACCCCCCCCCCCCCGGAUGUCCCAGACUGCCUUGCGCCAGGGAACCUCCAGGCUCCGCCAGAAGACGAUUGGCUGUUCACUUCUCAUAGAGAGAAGCUGAUUGGUUGGCAAGGCUGAGGCUGGGCUGGGGCUAAGGAACAGGGAGUGGUUUAGGCAAGCCAAUAGGAAUCCUCACAGGUGAGAUCCCAAAGGGAGAAACGAUUUGUGAAACGGGACAGUCCCAUUGCAUCUGUGGGUUUAAUAGGAAUGCCAUUGAAACGUUCAGACAGUGAGCCCUCCCCCCUCGUGUGUGUAUAUAGGGAAAGCACUUUCACAAUCAAGUUAUUUUUCAUAAGCACAUGACUGUCUGUUUUGUACAAUGCUGUGUAGUGUGACAUGUUCGUAAUAACAAGAUACUUCCGGAGGAGAGGGGACGGUAAUGAGCUCCCUCAGCUUCUCAGUAAUUAUUUUCAUUCUUUCGUUGUUCCGUUUGUGUCCUUCCAUAAAAGUGGUGGUGGUGGUGGUGGUGGGGGGGUGUUCAAAGAGGAAAGAUAAAUUAUUUUUAACCGCUCCCAUGUGCGGUGGCCAGUUAUAAUUAGUUGCUGGAAUUAACAAAAAGGUGUUGACAGCAAUGUAUUUAUAAUGUGUAGCUACUUGAUAUUUGAAUGCCUUAUUGAGAAUUGACACAUAAAAGCAUUGUUAGGUUUCCAGUGUAGUGAUGAUUCUAUUUAUUUGAAGGUUCCAUGAUUCAGUUCCUGAGACGUGUACAUAAAUAUAUAAAUAUAUUUUCCAUUUGAAUUGGAGAAUAUUUUUUAUUUUAUUUUUGGUAGGCUGCUAGUGAGACAUGAUUUAUAAACCAUAUCUGAUCUACUGUACUUCAUGCUGAUAUCGGAGUGAUGCUUGCAAUGAUCUUUGAUUUGUCUGAAAAUCGGAGCUGUUUUGGAGUUAAAAGGUUAGAGGGAGCACGCCUGGGACAGAGAUGUACAGUCAUACUGUUCACGAUCCUAGGUGCAGGAACUGUGCAUCCUGUUUGUGACUUUUGCCCAGGUUUUUUUUUGAAUUGCUGCUAAUACAUUUCCUUAAGAAGUAGCGUGUUUUCAAUGUAAAUAAAUGCACCCCGAUGUCGGUGUAUAAUUUGAACCCUACUGCGUUGAAGUAAGAGUACUGCUGUGACCUAUUGUGAACACUCGCAUGGGAUCAGACAUUUAAUUCAUUCCACCAGUGUGAAAGUGUUUUGGGGACAAUGUGGGGCUGCUUCACUGAUUCCUUUUAAUACCACAGGGUUCUGUGCAUUCAUCUUGUGCAUCUUUAUGUAUGUGUAAUACAUACAUAGAAUUGUGUGCUUGGGGUGUGACAUACAGAGAAAUAAGCAUUUUGCUUGUGUGCAAUGUGAGGUAUACACCACAAUCUGUUUUGCCCUUGAUGAAAACGACAUGCCUGACAGAGCUGGUAGCUGGGAAACUGUUUCCUUUGGGAAACCGCCCAGAUCUACUGGGGUCCUGUACAAAGUGUGUGUCUCAGGUGUGGGUUUACCUGGCUCAACAAUCUUGGGGUACUCUUCUGUGCCCAGUUGCCUUUGGCCCCCUUCAUGGGGUGUCCAGUCACAAGGCCAUUGGAAAUGAGACCAGAGGGUGGAGGUUGCUGUAUCAAUGAGGCUCUUGUAUGUACUGUACAUUACCUCUGCUUGAGGUUUGUGUAAGCCUGCCUACUCUGUAUUAAAAGGGUAUGCAAUAACGCAGGAAUAUUAAAAAUCACACUACACUAACAAACCGUAGCUGGGUGUCAAAGCAAUGUGAAUGCAUGAGAUCCAGAUGAAGUCCUUUCUGUUUGUCAUCAUUGCUCACUGCUGAUUGCACAUCAUGCACUGGUCAAACUCAAGGAGUGAUAUAGUUCGAUUGUCCAGAUUACUGGGAUCACAUGAACCUUCCCCUGCAUAAGUCUUGAGGUUACAGUAGCUCGGAUGUGUGACGUUUAUUGCCAUAUUGUAGCUGGGUAUAUCAUCUAAGCUUUUGUACUAUAUGAAAUCACUGUUAUCUCUUUUGAAUAUCAUGUAUUUCACUUCUUUGUAAGAUUAAAGUUUGUGUUAAUGGGGCAUUAAGCAGGAAGGAAUAGCUCUGAUUUUUUUAAAUUAUUUUUUUCAUUUUCUCUUAAUGCCAUCGGGUCAGCUCCUUUUUCUGUAAACGAAACAUUGUAGCAGCAGCUGACGGUUCAGAUUGCAAACUAGUAAAAGUGACUUCACUCUAUAUUAUUUAUUUAUUAUCUUUGAAAGAAUCCGUGAUUUAACCGGUCUUCUCUGUUGACUGGGAAGGAUCAUUUUAAGUUCUGAAAUGAAAGAUGUAAGUUUGUGACUUUAUCUCUGAAUAAAGUGUCUGUAUAAUGUACAUUUAAAAUAUAAAUGGAAAAAAAGAAUAAAAAUAUUAAAUGGAA